AUGGCGUCAACUAACUUCGACGUAGCCACGUGGGGAAGCAAGAGGCAAGCUCAGCAACGCGCACCUGCUUUCUGUCUGCGACACAUCGAGGACGCGUUCGGAAUUUUGCCUUGGGCGCCGUUCAUAUACAAGAACUUUCCAAAAAGCGAGAGGGAUAAGGUGAACGCUGUCCUGGACAAUAUUGUUAGUACGAUUCAAGAGAAGCUCGAUCGAUCUACCAUCAUCAGCAAUGCCACGAAGCAGACAGCUAGCGCAAAACUCCGAAAAAUGAAGCGUGUUCUUUGGCCGACUGAAACCUUCUUCAGCGAACAAGACCUCGACGUCGUGUACUCGAGUUUCGACCAAGCGAACGGAACUUUCUUCGAGGACUGGGUUCGGGCUAUGACGGACGUAGGCAAACUUCGGGGUCACGAGGAUUAUCUGAACUUGUACCGGAAGACCAUGAGCGACAAGGUGCUAGGCCCCGUAGUUUACCUCUAUUAUUUUAAUAUCCUUAAACUGUCUAUGGCUGAACUUAUAUCCCCUCUUUACUAUCGCCAUGGGAACAUGGCGAUGAGUUACGGUUAUUUGGGGACAUUAUAUGCAGUGUUCUUGAGCAAAUCUAUGGAUUCGCUCGGCCGUCAGAUCGAUGACGAAGGCCAGAAGAGAGACUGGUGGGAGCCGCCUGUGUCCCACAAGUGCAAAUCUUACGGUGAUAGGAGAAUGACCAAUCUGUUUGGAUUCGAGACCUCGUACGAUGCAUUCAAGACAGCCCUCUUUGCGCAAAAGAAUAAGGCAUUGAACUCUAGACUGGAUACCUUAAACAUGUAUACCGGGGAGCAGAUAUUUUUCCUAUCCGCGUGCAGGCCUCUUUGUUCGCGAGGAGAGUUCGGUAUACAGGUCUGCAACGCGGCUUUGGAUUCGACUGCGUUUUUGAGAUCGUUUAACUGCUCCGAAGAACCAAGCUGGUACGCGAGGAACUGUCGUAUGUUAUAA